CAGCGCUCACAGCUGCAAGGGGGAACGACUGCACGGCUCUCAAGAUGGAAUGGACCACGCCCACCGUCCUCUACGUCUCGCUCCUCUUCUUUGCAGCCGGUCUAGCCGAGAUCGGCGGCGGAUGGCUAGUCUGGCAGGCUGCGAGAGAGAACCAGCCGCGCUGGUGGGCAGUCGCCGGCAGCAUCAUUUUGAUGAUCUACGGCUUCUUGCCCACGCUGCAGCCGCUUGACGACUUUGGUCGGCUCUACGCCGUCUACGGCGGCGUCUUUAUCGGCAUGAGCUUUGCGUGGGGCUACCUCGUCGACGGCAUCGUUCCUGAUCGCGGCGACAUUGUUGGCAGCAUUGUUGCGGCACUCGGUGUGGCGAUUGUCUUGUUCUGGCCGCGCGACGCUGCUUCAUUGGCCACAAUGAGCGAGCGUUCUACGAGCGUCAUUACGCCGCUCGGCGAGUCGGCGCGCGCCACAAGGCGGAGUCUCAUUUGAUAGCGUCUGUCGGAGCUGGAACAUCCUUACACAUAUGAUGGCCAUCUGAUUGGGCCUGGAGCAACGCAUGCUCGCCCGGCGGCCUCGGUGGCUUGGGACAAGUGCAGGCGUCACGGCGCGACCGCAGCCGCGGAGUCUCCAGGCAGUGGGAACUGAUCGAGUUAGCGCUGCAUCGUAAAAUGUUGGCUGCGUUCGAGAACAUGUGAAAGACAAAGAGGCUAGAGGGGGGCGAACUGCGCAUAAAUGAUAGUGAAAAUAGGUUCCAUUCGUGAUAUAGAGAGACGCGUUUGGUGUUAAGAUUCCUCGAUAUCAGUUACAGUU